UCAAAUGUUUUCAUUUCAGUCUAGGGUUAUCGAAGAGAGGUGAGAGUAUACUGUUGAGACAGGCUGGAAGAGAUACUGAACAAGUUACGAAGCUGUAAAGUUCUGAACUCUUAAGGAUUUCCAGUAUUUCCAACAAGGACUCAAAAUGAAAGUAUUUUUGAUUUCUGGCUGUUCCGACGGCACCGAAAGAACGGACGGUCUUCAUGUUAUGAGGCAACUACGUGCAAGAGGACAUGAAGUCACCCUUUUCGAUCUUUCCUUGCUGCCACUUGCCAAGUGCGAAAGCCUGUCUGAUGCAAGAGAAUUCAUUGGCAGGGAUAACCUGUUUAAAGCUGUAGAGAUGAUGAAACUGUCUGAUGCAAUAAUCACAGUGGCAAGCGAACUUGACAUGACCAUACCUCAGUUUUUACUUGAGCUGUUAGGUUUGGAGGCAAACAAAGAGAACAUUAGAAAUCACAGUGUAUGGAAUAACUGCGGGGUUUCCUGUACGGUAAUAGCAAAUGGAAAAAGGCGACAAAUAAUUGCAAAAGAACUUUGGGCGAUAUUAAAUUCCAGCCACGAUAGACUGGAUGUAUCGGAUUUCCUACCUUUUGGUAUGCCGAACUUUUAUCAUGUUGACCCAAAACUUGAAACAGCAGGACCUUGUGUUGUAUGAUGGUGUGAAAGCCUAUGUACUUUGCACUAAAUGCAAAUUAACGAAUAAAAAGUAACAGUGGAUUAUCAUUCGAAGUAUCUUCGGCUAAAUUUAAGUACAAUAUUUGUAGUUCUGUUCAUAUUAAUGUUACAUUUCAAUUUCAUGUUAUUGUUAAGUUUGCAUGAAUAUAAUAAAUGUUGGUUUACCAAUGCUAUUUAUGCCAAACCUUUUCUAGAGUAAAAUGUAAAAUGUUUGAUAACAUGAAUUUUAUCUCUACUGGAAGGUUUCUAUUAAAAAAAUUAGCUAAGUGCUUUUGAAUUAUACUAUUUUUAAAAAAAAUUCAUUUAAGCAUGAAACAUGUCUUUCUACUCUCCCGUCCAAUUGCCCAAAAAAUAAAUAAUGUAUUUACACAUUCAGUCUUCCUUUAUGCAGUUUAAUUAUUUUUAGAGUCUUUUGACGUUUCUUUCGUGUGGUGUUAUUUUUAAUAUUUGAGAAGUAUAUAUAAUGUGAAUAUGUUAAAGAUGUAAAUAUAUUAUUAGUUAGAUAAAAAGAAAACAGUAAUAGAAUUUAACAGAUUUAUAAAACCUUGCCUGUGUCUCUUUUUUAUUAUCUGUAUUGCUUUUAUCAGGGGUAUAUUCUGUACCAUCUAUCAUUACUGAAGUUGAGGAAAUUUUCAUAUAAAGGCUAGCAGUUGUACUGAGAGACUAGCAGCAUACAAAGUAAUUUGUAGUUAAACAAAGUAUGGGGUGAAUGGAUAAUCAUUUCUAUGGACUUAUCAGUGGGGAAAUAACUUGGGAGAAAAAAGAGUGAAGAAGAAACAAAUCAAUAAACGCCCAAAAAGGCACAGAAAUUUCACAUGUCAGAAAAAACCUGACAAGGAAAGGCAAAUAUUAACUUUCUGAUUAAAAAGAAAAUUAGUGUUUGAAGCAAACAAUGAAGAAAAGGUGCAGAGAUGCUUGCAGAUAGAGUUGUACUUUGCGUCUAUGUCUUUCAAUCUCUCAUGGGCCAUGUCUUGAUUUUUUGCAUUGAGAAUUCUAAUACUUUUGCAUCAUCCAAAGAUGCAACAGUAGUACAAUACAGGUUCAAGCCUUUAGGCAAUUGAAAAUUACUUGAAGGCAAUGAUUAAGUUUAGAUUGACACAGGCUUUAGGAUUUAACCAAUUCCACAGCACCAAGAUUGAACAGUCAAGAAUUCAAGAAUUGUUUUUAAAUACUACCAUAACCUGACAAUUUUGUUGACCAUAGUUCCUAAGUCUUUGUUUUUAGAUAAUGUGAACAAAUGGCGAGGGUCUCAAGCAUUGAAGAUCAAGUAUGGUUGACCAAGGACCUCAGGGGCAGAAGCGGACUGUCCCACAGGGACACCAGGAAAUUUCCCAGUGCACUCUCUGCCCAACUUAUUAAUCUCAAAUCAAAAACAUGAAAACUUUCCAAAGGCAACUAAUCUUUGCACAGAACUAGAAUUGAUUACAAUAAUCAAUUGUCCAAAGUACGUUCCUAUUAAAAGUUUAGCUUCACCUUUAAGUUGAGCAAUAUAAAGAUUGAUUGCAAAGUUUCCUAAUCUGCAAAUUCUGCAAGAUUUUCGAAAAAACUUGUAAAGAACAUAAUUUGCUUUGAAAAUGACUUUGAAAAAAGCAAAGAUUUCAAACAUACUAGAAGCUUUUUGUCUGAAACUCCUCAGAGUAUAAAACGUCUUGUAAUUUUGGUUAGCUUGUAAUUUUUUCAAGCAAGUGCACAAUACUUGAAUUAAUUCGUUUUCUGUUGAGGGGGUAGUAGGGAUUUCCACUAGCUAACUAGCAGACUAUUUGCCAAUUGACUGAUGACUAAUAAUUUUGUGAAACCAAUGACUUCUGACUAACCAUAUUAGUUUUUGACUUAUGGCUAAUCUUAUGGCUAAUGCCAAUUAAUCCUAGCCCCCUCAAUCUGUAAUCUGUUUCGAAGUCCUUGAAUGUGAAAAUUGAAUUGAAUUUUGAUGUUUUCAUUGCUACCAAUGACCCUCAAACCGCAAGACCUUCCAUUUGUAAAUGCAGAAAAGUAAAAAGGAACAUAUAAAGAAGCGCUUUUCCAAAGAAGAACGAGACAAACAAGUCAUAAAGUCAAACUACGAAAAUGAAAAUAUACGUAAGUAGUUCAAAUGAACAUUGAUUUUGAAUUGUCCUGUUUCUAUGGAAGAGUCGUACUGCGCAGGAGCGAGCGAGAGAUUUAUGCGGGAAGCGAUACAAGCAUGGCCGACGAAAAAGAUGGAGGUUCUGAUAUUUUGUCGAUGGUUGAUAUUCUCGAAGGAGGUAAAGCUUUAGAAGAUGAAGCCACUGCUGUACUUGGAGCGAGCGAUGAUCAGAACUGUACAUACCCACAGGGCUACGUAAAUCGUCAAGCUCUCUAUUCGUGCCUGUCGUGCGCCCCCGAAGAGGAUUCUCCGGCUGGUAUUUGCUUCGCAUGCUCUCUUCAUUGUCACGAUGGACACAAUUUAGUUGAACUUUACACUAAAAGGAAUUUCCGCUGCGAUUGUGGCAAUUCUGCUUUCACUGGGUCCACAUGCAAACUAUACUCGGAAAAAGACAAAAAGAACCACGGCAACACAUAUAACCAUAACUUCCAAGGCAAAUAUUGCACUUGUGGAAGGCCCUAUCCUGAUCCAGAGGAUGAGAUCGAUGAUGAAAUGAUUCAAUGUGUUGUUUGUGAAGACUGGUACCACUCCAGGCAUCUUGGCACGCUAGCCCCUGUCGAAUACGAAGAAAUGAUUUGUGAUGCCUGUAUGCAGAACCUCGACUUUCUCCGUUGGUAUAAAAGCAUUUCAGUAAAAAGCCAAGAUAAAUCCCCACAGAAAAAGGAGGUUUCUGAAGAGAAGCCGAAGUUAAUCAAUGACAAAGACAGUAAUCAAGACCAAGGCCCGUCCGAAGAAAAGCCUGCAGAUAAUGAAAGUUCUGUUGCAACAUCCACAAACGCCGAGGUCGCUGAAGCAUCACAGAAAGAGACUGAUGCUGGACCAUCACAUAAUGAUUCUUGCAAGCUACAGUCACUCAAAACAGGAAACGAAGGAAUAGAUGAAAACGCAGUUCUGAAAGCCACGUUCUGGCCAAGCCAAUGGAGAAAGCUGUUGUGUAGAUGCAGUGAAUGCCAGAAUCUUUACAAUUCCAAAGGAGUUUCCUUCAUUACCAACGAAGACGACACUGUACGAGUAUACGAAGAUAAAGGAAGAAAAAUGCAAGGGAACAACUCAUCGUUUGAUAAAGGAAUGCAAGCCCUUAACAGUAUGGAUCGUAUUAAUCAAGUGGAAAUCUUAACCGAAUACAAUGAUAUGAAAAACCAGCUUCAUGAUUUUUUCAAAUCAUUCGUGGGCGAAGGAAAGGUUGUCACUAAGAAAGAUGUGGAAGGGUUUUUUGAAGGAAUGACAGCGCGGAAGAAGAGGCGAAUGGAAGAAGGUCCAGGUUUGCAGAUGCAUUGUAAGUAGAAAUAGAGAAAGACUUAUUAAAGUGUACUGGGUUUUUUAAUACGAGAGCUGAAGACCGACUGCAUCUUUUUAAAGUACGCAAGUCCACAAUAUUAAAUCAGUUCUUUGGAAAAAAUGCGAUAUAGGCUUGGCUGAACUGAUGCUUCCAAAGGGAAGUAACAUCUUUUGUUAUUACCAAGUGUUUGGUUGUCGCAAAUCAAACAGCGUCUUCGUAUGAUAAUUUUUGAAGAGCAGAAAACUAUGAACAGUUGAAAAAUCUGUAGUAGUUAAGUUUGACUUGGAGCCAACAUUAAUUUUGCAAAAAAAUAAAAAUUAUAUAAAAUUGAUAAUGAGUUAAAAAUAUUUAAAGAUUUCCGUUAAAAA